GGGGGGAGCGUCUCCAUGGCGACGGGUGUAAACAGCACGGGCCAUGGCGGCGCGGCGCGCUCCGCCCGGCGGGACCGCUCCUGACUCUUCCUCUGGGACUCCAGAUUGCCAAACACGUAUCAACAGUCUGAAAUACAUCCUGUCCAAGAAACAGAAGGCUCCGUUUUCUGCUCGAGGCCACUGGUCCACGUGGCCGGCAUUUGGAUCCGAGCAGACCAUCCUAGGGAAUCACAAACCCUGCUGCGCCCCAGAGGAGAGACGGUCUAGCAAUAAACAGGCCCUUCUCACCGUUCCAAAGCCACGAUACUUGGAGGAACUGGAGUCCUACUUAAGGAAAGAGCUGCGGUCUCUUGAUCUGACUAAAAACAACUCUCAAGAACUGAAGUUACAGCCCUACAGAGAGAUCUUUGAAUUCUUCAUAGACAACUUCAAGACCUACAAGCCCUUGCUGUCCGCUAUAAAGAAUGAAUAUGAAGUCACCUUGGCUCAUCAGAAGAAGGCAAUUCGUGCCCUAGAGCCCCUGAAGGCUAUGGUCACAACCGUGUCUGAUGAGUGCACCCAGCAGAUACUGGCACUGCAGGAAAAGGAGAAAGAUGAGAUACAUAUGUUAAAACAAGAGAAACAACGUUUGUUAAAGUUCAUUGACGACAUGAAGGAAGAAAAGAGUUCUCUUCAGACUCAGGUGGAGCACCUGCAGACAAGCGUCGCUGAGGAGUACGCUCGCUAUCUCAAUGAGCAUGGUGCCCGCAAACUGCUUCUAGCAAAACUGAAUGAUAUGCACAAUGAACAGCUGGAGAUGACGCGGCGCCAAGCCCAAGACGUCAAGGGCGAAGAUGCGGUGAAGUUAACUUUGGCAUUAAAGGUAGCUCGGCAGGACCUCACAAAAGCCCAGGUGAAGCUGAACGCAAUGAUGGCGGACUACGGAGAUGUUGUGCCCAGGAGAGAUUUUGAAUCACUGGAGAAAAAAUACUCUGACGUACUUCAGGAGAUGAAGGCUCUGCAGGAGGGUUUUGAUCAACUCCGUAAGGAAUACGAAACACUGCUGGAAAUCCACAGAGAGACUGCGCAAGAGCGAGACAACUUCUGCGCCCAGCUCCAGCGAGUGCAGCAGAACUGCACGCCCCGGCCAAACUGGGCAAAGUGUUCAGAGGUGAUUCCUGGUGGAGCCGAGCGGUGGGACUGCCUGGCUGAGGGGAAGACCAGCGAGGAGCUAAUGGAUGUGCUCCUGGAAGAAAUAGGAACAGGAGCGCUGAGAGAGAUAAUUGUCUUCCCUGGAUGGGGCAAAGGUGACAAGGUUCCUGUGUACCUGCGCCAUGAAGGUGAAGUCAAGAACAAAAAGCUGACUAAGAAGGACGUGGUCAACACCCUAAAGGAUGUCUGGAAGGAGAAAAUUGCACUAGAACAGCAGACGGGGGAGCGAUGCAGUCUUCCCGAGUUCUUUCUCAGCUACCUCCAAAAGAAGUACGGAGAUGCCGCUGCCAUGGAAUGGUCUUACACCCUCUAUGAGAACAUGCGGCUCUGUCGAUCGAACCACGUCCUGAGCUCAUUCUACGACGUACUCACCGGGAAGGUAGAUGAAGAGCACUACCGCGGCCAGAAUCAGCUGAUUUCUAACCUGCAAAAGGAGCUGGCUGCCCGUGACAGCUCGAACAGUGGAUCCCUGACCAGCCAGCAGUUCAGCAUGGCUGUGAGAGAAGCUUUUCCCCUGAAAAGGAAAGAGUCAAUCCAAGAACUCGUCGACGCGAGCAGGUACAGGCUGGACGGCACCGAAGACCUCAUCAACUACAUAUCCUUAUUCAAAGAAGAUGAGGAAGGGAACGCGGCACCUUUCAUCGCAAAGCUCAGGAGCCAGUACGUCCGGGAGAAGCAGGAAUACCUGAGGCAGCUGAAGAACAAGCUGGGAGAUUUAACAGAGGUGAAGGCAGAUGAUCUGAAGGCCGCCUUCUGCUCCAUCGAUCCCGACAUUGAUGGUCAGACACUGGAUACCUAUGUUGGCCUGGCUUCCCAGGCGGGAAGAGAAGAGCUGGACCAAGAAGCUGUGCCUGUAGGAACGGUGCUGGAGAGACUGCUCACCGGAGACGUGAGACGAGUAGGGCCCUCCCCCGUGGAGGGGAGCACGGCAGGCUUUGAAGGAGAGUAAGCAGACUUCCCGUAUUAAGAAUAAACAGACCGUUUGGUCUACAGGUUUUGAUACCUGUAGGAGUCACAGUUACCACGCGAAACGCUCCUUGGUUUGAAGUGGUGGAAUCAUCAUCCCUGGAGGUAUUUAAAAGCCGGGCAGAUGUGGUACUUAGCGAUAUGGUUUAGUGAUGGUUUUUGUCAGCGUUAGGUUGACGGUUGGACUCGAUGAUCUGAAAGGUCCCUUCCAACCUGGGCAAUUCCAUGAUUCCCAUGCAUCCAGAGACAUACCUGGUAACUAACAGCUGAGAGGACAGGCUGGCUCGAGCUAUCAGAAGCACCUCCAGCUUAGCAGCAAAGCACUCCAAUAGAGUUUUGCAGGCUCUGCAGCGUCAUUUCAGCUCAGCGAGACUUGCCAUGGGAGGUUUCCUGAUCCCCAAAACAGAGGCUUCACACCUGCAGGGUGCUGGGGCACCACGGGGUGUCAGGCUCUCUGCUGGGUGACAAAACAAUGCUCCAGCAGCCGUUACUAGAACCUGAGAAGCCACCAUCAAACACCAGGCUGCAAUGCGGCUGCUUUAGUCCUUUGGCCUUGUGGUCCCUUGGCUCAAAGAGGGUUUCAAGGACACACCUGAUUUGGAAAAUCAGGUGCCAUCAUCACAGUCAGGGCGCACGUGGAAGGUGAGUUCAGCUCACACCAGGUUGGUGAUCAUGUCUGUC